CAGUGUUUGAUUGGAUUGCGCGCGCGCAUGUACUCGGUCGAGUAUAUCGGUCGUUUGUCCGUCCGUCUGUGUUAGUUUUUGUUUUGGUGAAACAAAAGAUACAAAUAGCACACGAUGGUUGUCGGGACCAAGAUGACGAUACAGCAAGUGCCGAGCAAGGGAAGGAUUUCAAUUAUGAAGAUACAAAAUUUCACAGUGCACAGGCGAAAUUCCGUAAUCAGAACACUGUAUGGAGUGUUCCUGAUUCUCAUCUCCGUUGCGAUGAUCAGCACUAACCCUCUGGAAUAUUUCACCAAAAAGUUCUUGGAAGUAUCAGAAGGUUCGUUCGUGUUCAAAAUGUGGGAGACACCCACCUACCAGUUAUACUCAGAAGUGUGGGUUUACAAUUACACCAACGUCCCGGAGUUCUUGAGUGGUGAAGACAAGACUCUGAAACUGAAGGAGAUCGGCCCGUUUAGAUUCCAGGAGACACGCACAAAUCACAACAUGAGCGUAAACGCCGACGAGGGGACAAUGUUCAUGAAGCCGAACAUCACUCUGAAAUUCCUGAGGGAGGAGUCCGUAGCCGACAUUAAGGAUAUCCACGUUUAUGUCCCAAAUAUGGCUUUGCUUGCCAUUAGUACACUAGUAGCUGAUAAAUUGGGGUACUUCGCGAACGCUGGUGCCUACUACUCCAUCAACACGCUCGGCUCCAAGCUCUUCAGGAACUUGACUGUUGAGGAGCUGUUCUGGGGGUACGAAGACCCCAUGGUGACGAUCGCCAGCGGGCUGCUGCCUGGGUGGAUAGAUUUCAAGAAAAUUGGUGUGUUGGAUAGAUUUUAUGCUCAAAGGGACGCCUCAGCCGUGGUGGAACUCCGCGAUGCCAACACGAGAUUCUCUCUGAGGACCUGGGACGGCUCCGAGGGUCUCGUGGAACAGGGUUUUACGGACCUUAAUUCUAGUACACUUUGCAACCGCAUCAAAGGAUCCUACGAGGGUCUGAUGUUGCCUCCUAACGUCCGCAAAGACAGAGUCAUCCCGAUUUUCCGGAGGCAGGCGUGUCGCGUCUACCCCUUCGCUUUUAAGGAGGAGACAAAUGAGAAAUACGGAUAUAAUUAUUAUAGAUUCGCAAUGGAACAGUCGGCCAUGAGUAAUACGUCGGCGUACGCUUGCAAAUGUUCAACGAAUUGUCUCCCGAAUGGAUUUGUGGACGUCAGCAGAUGUUACUACGGAUUCCCAAUAGCUUUGUCGAAGCCACAUUUCCUAGACACUGACCCUCAGCAGCAGAGUUAUUACGAGGGCAUGCGCCCAGAUCCAGUGAAGCAUUCCUCCAUAUUGGAAUUGGAACCGACGGUGGGAGUGCCACUUUCCCUAUCGUCGAAGAUCCAGGUCAACAUCGCGGUCAGGACGUCCCCCGGGAACCCCAUCACGAGGCCUUUUAAGGACAAGAUGGUGCCGCUGAUGUGGCUCUCAUUGUAUUGCAAAGAGCCACCACCAGAGGUUGCAAAUCUGUUGAAACUGCGUUUCAUUGUCGCACCACCCUUAUUUAUAGCCAUUGAAGUGUUACUCUUCAUUGUUGGCAUAAUCCUCUGCGGACAAGGAAUUUUCAGACUUCUGAGACCAAAAUACGAAUUGGUCGAAUCUAAAUCUGAAAAUGAUGAUCUGGAAAUAAAAAAGAGUACAGCGAUAGUGAAUAUAGUUGAUAAUAGUGUGUUCAAAGAUGAUGAUGAUUUAGCUAAAGAAGCAGUUUUGCUGAUGUCAGUCGAUGAUGAUGAUUCGGAACUAGGUUUAAGGAGAGCGGCGUGAGACGUGGAUGAUGGACCUUUAAAUUAUUAGUGCCAUUGUUGUAAAUUAUUUUUUGAUUGUAAAUUAUUACAGUAAGAUUAGUAUUAUUGAUAGAAAUCAAAGUUGUGUUGUAUAAAAUGAUGUGUGUGAAUGUGUAUAUUAAGAACUUAAAGCAAUAAGAAUUAUUAUAUUAGAUAAAGAGUCUGUCAAUGGAUUCAAAAACGUUUUUACUGAAAUUUAUUUAUUUAUGUACACAAAAUUAUAUACAGGAGCAUUUAAUACAGUUAUUGUAGUACAAAUAUGCUACUCA